AUGUCUGCAGCAAAUAAUGACAACUCUUUGGGAUACACGUUGAAAGAACGGAAUCCCUACGACGUUCAUGUCUACUAUUCGACACCCGAACAACGAGAACAAGCCAUGGUGCUUCGUGACAAACUACAGAAGCAGUUUGGAGAAUGGAUGCGAUUCUACGAGCCAAAAGGCAAACCCAUUGGACCACAUCCCGUUCCCAUGUGGGAAGCCGAUUUUGGAAGUUACGAACAUCGACGCAAUCUCAUACAAGUACGUGACUUUUUGGAACAGCAACGUGGAAACUUGUCCAUCUUGAUUCAUCCACAUUCCACAGACACGGAUUAUAUGGAUCAUACACAGCAUGCCAUUUGGUUGGGGGAAGCACUAGACUUGAAACUGGAGGGGUGGCCGAGGUAG